UCUUAGCUAUCAUUAGUGUUUCUAGGGAGUGAGAUGACAGUAAAAAUAUAUUAACUGUUUUUUAUUUUGCUGCAUCCUAUCUCAAGAAAGACAUCAACAACCCAAAUGAAUUAUUCGAUUUAGGUUAUGCAUAGCUAUAAACCUGUAAGAGCAUACGUUUAGAAGCAAGUAGUAACGACCGGUGAAAUACGGAGCCCACUGUGCGUGAGCGACAUGUCUGGCAGCGCGGCCGCCCACUCAAAGACAGGCUGGGAGAAUCUUAAUUGUGUAAUGUUCAUUGACGAGUCAGCACAAUGCUGCUGAGAUCGCGGAGGAGCACUGAGCUGACCAGAACGAUGAAAUGCUCCCAUCGAGGAGAACACAGAUGGACAGCCUAGUUCAGCCGCUUGUCGCCCAGUACCUCGCAAUGGGAUGUCAAUCAAGAGAAAACAACCAAAACGAAAGUAUAAUGUCGGAGGAAAGGGGAAAGGACGAGGCGAGAGUGACAGGAUGCAGCUCCAGGUCUAGAGUUUCUCCCCCGGGCCGCCCUCACAGGUUCCACAAACAGAGCCCGGCCCAGACUGCCCCAGGUAAAUCAAUAAUGUCCCUGGGACACCUCACCAAGGGGGCCAGCUGGGAGGAGCUCAUCCAGGCCUGUCUACAGUCUUUUGACUCAGAUGGUUGUGUAUGUGGGAGCAGCCACCUGUUGAACAUCACCCUGACCAUGCACCGUCUCCUCAUCUCCUCUGGUGAUCUGCUAGACAAACUCGUCGCUCUAUUCAAAACAGCGCUGGACAAUGAGAAGCCAACAGAGUGCCAGAGGAUAUGCUACCUUAUCAGGCACUGGAUCCAGGAAUUCUGGAUAAUGUUUCGGUUGCACCACAACUUGUCAGACAGUCUGGACCAGUUCCGGGAGCUUAUCAGAGAGCAGGGACAAGAAUGUCUUUGCUCUCUCCUAGAGACCAAAUGGAUAAAUGAACGCGACUGGUCGUGGAAGGCCAGUCAGAAAAUCAAAGCUAACAGCAGUAAAAAGAGAAAGGUCUCACUUCUUUUUGAUCAUCUGGAGCCCUUUGAGCUGGCUGAGCACCUUACCUUCCUGGAGUUUAAAGCCUUUUGCAGGAUAUCAUUUGUAGACUAUCAGAAUUACAUUCGCAACUGCUGCAUGAAGGAUAUCCCCGUGAUGGAGCGUUCCAUCGCCCUGUGUAAUGGUGUCUCCCAGUGGGUUCAACUGAUGGUGCUGAGCCGGCCAACUGCUCAGCUGAGAGCUGAGGUUUUCACCAAGUUUAUCCAUGUGGCACAGAGUCUACAUCUUAUGCACAACUACAAUACACUAAUGGCAGUGGUAGGAGGCCUUUGUCACAGCUCGAUUUCCAGACUGAAAGACACGACCUCACACGUACCCAGCGAAGUCACUAAGGUGCUGAAUGAGAUGACAGACCUACUGUCCUCCUGCAGAAACUUUGACAACUAUAGACAAGCUUACAACAGGUGUACAGGCUUUAAAAUCCCCAUACUGGGUGUCCACCUGAAAGACCUCAUUUCGGUUAAUGAGGCCAUGUCAGACUACAUAGAGGACAACAAGGUCAAUGUACAGAAGCUCCAGGCACUCUACACCCACAUUAAUGAGCUGAUCCAGCUUCAGCAGAUCCCACCCAGACUGGAUGCUAACAAGGAUCUGGUCCAUCUGUUGACGCUGUCCUUGGACCUUUACUACACAGAGGAUGAGAUCUAUGAACUAUCUUAUGCCAGGGAACCCAAGAACUGUAGAGCACCGCCAGCCACUCCUUCUAGACCUCCAGUGGUUGUGGACUGGGCAUCAGGAGUAGCUCCUAAACCAGACCCCCGAACCAUCAGCAAACAUGUGCAGAGAAUGGUGGAUUCCGUGUUUAAGAACUACGAUCACGACGAGAACGGCUUCAUUUCUCAAGAGGACUUUGAGAAAAUUGCUGCAAGCUUUCCUUUUUCCUUCUGUGUCAUGGACAAAGAGAAGCAAGGCCUCGUCAGCAGAGAGGAAAUCACAGCCUAUUUCAUGCGGGCCAGUGUCAUCUGCUCCAAACUGGGCCUCGGAUUUGUCCACAACUUCCAGGAGACCACUUAUAUGAAACCGACCUUCUGUGACAACUGCUCAGGAUUUCUGUGGGGCGUCAUCAAGCAAGGGUAUAGAUGCAAAGACUGUGGGAUGAACUGCCACAAGCUGUGCAAGGAUCAGGUGGCAUUUGAGUGCAAGAAGAACACCAAAGUGACCAGUGCCACAGACAGUCCAACACCAAGCUCCACACCCGUCACCAUGGGUAACUCAGAGGAAGAAUGUCCUUUCCCCUAUCCGCCAGAUGACAGCAAAGACUGGAGCCCAGACUCCCCAGUCACCUCCCAUUCGAGGCCCCGGAAAGUCCAUAGUGGUACACAGACAGAGGGACCCCAGCUUUCCUCUGCAGCCCCUGAGGCCAGCCGACUUCAGCCCUCCCUGUUAGUCCCAGCAGCACCCAUUCUCACCUCAUGUCCCAGCCCAGUGCCUCAGAGAAAAAAGCGACACUGUGCCAAGUGGGAAAACAGAGCUUCUGUUGUGCAAAAGCCUAAAGAACCAGAGGAAGAGCCCAAACCCACCUAUGAAUCUCUGGAAUCAGACAAUGAAAGACUCCACAAAGACAAUGAGACACUACGUAGGAAGCUGAAAGAGACGGAGCGGGAGGUGGAGAUAUUAAAGACGCUGCUGAAGAGGCACGCUCUGCACUCUGUGGAGGAGGACUCCUCUUCCUAGACUCAUAUAGUAUAUGAACCUUCUCCAGGGAGAACACUGCUGCCCCCAUAUGGCAGCAGGGACAAAUCGAAAUCCAAUGUUUAACUUGGUCAUGAACCGUGCAAGUAAUUUAUCUUCUUGGUAUCACAUAGAUUAAAGUGAUAUACAGUGCAUAUAGCCAGACAUGGCGUUUAAUGCUAACAGUACACCACAAAUGAAAAAAGCCAGUCAGUAUGUCACCAGUAAUGAAGUUAAAAAAUUUUUGAGGUAUUAAUGUUUUGUUUUUUUUGACAGCAGCUACAGUACAUAGUACAGUAAAUGUGGUAUACUAACUUGAUUUUAAAAGGAAAAUUAUAUCAAAAUUACUUAAAAUGAUGUAGUGGGGGCAGCACGGUGGUGCGAUGGUUAGCGCUGUUGGCUCACAACGAGAAGGUUCUGGGUUCAAUCCCAGCCAACCCAGGGCCUUUGUGUGUGGAGUUUGCAUGUUCUCCAGGUGCUCCGGCUUCCUCCCACAGUCCAAAGACAUGCAGCAUAGAUUGAUUGG